ACAUUAAAGAUAGGGACAAACAAAAGAAUGAAAAUAAACCAAAGAGAGAACGUAAUUCUAUGGUGCUCUUCAAAAAGGCGUCUAUUCCUCCUCGAUUUUCAUCAUUGCCAUCACGAAACUCAAGAAACAACAAUCGUUAUAAACAUCCGACAAUACAACAAUUACAAGCUCAGUAUCAACCACAAAUUUCCAACAAGUCCGAUCCAGUUAGUCAAGGUUCUCUAUCUGAAGAUUGCGUCAAUAAUCAACAUAUUAUUCAAAAUCAAUUAAAUUCAUUGCCAGCAUCUCAAUCAUCCAAAACUGGUACACCUUCUAUCGAUACUCUUGAAAGGCAUAAUGUUCCUUCUUAUAUUUCUACUAUCAAAGCCAAUAAACCAUAUCUUAAUCUGAGCACAAGUGCAUCUCGUUCUGUACCUUCACUUGUUACUGGAAGAGAUAAUGAUCUUCCUACAACUCCAUCUACUUUGAAAAAACUUCAAUUUUCUUCAAAUAUUCUUGUACAUGAGACUUGGACGCCUGAUGAUUACGAUCGUCGAAGUGACCAGUCAACUUGCAACAAGCUCACUCCUCUCCUUGCUCAAAAGAUUAAGCAAGAGUUAAAUGAGUUCAAGUUGAUUGAGAUGCAAGUUCACGAAGACAGCAAAAAGAAUACCCAUUUUUUUGCUUAG